GGGCGUAUUUUGCUCGUAGUCACUGAGAAGCGGCGCCAUGCCUGAGCCGGCCAAGUCCGCGCCCGCGCCCAAGAAGGGCUCCAAGAAGGCGGUGACCAAGGCGCAGAAGAAGGACGGCAAGAAGCGCAAGCGCAGCCGCAAGGAGAGCUACUCGGUGUACGUGUACAAGGUGCUGAAGCAGGUGCACCCCGACACGGGCAUCUCGUCCAAGGCCAUGGGCAUCAUGAACUCGUUCGUCAACGACAUCUUCGAGCGCAUCGCGGGCGAGGCGUCCCGCCUGGCGCACUACAACAAGCGCUCGACCAUCACGUCGCGGGAGAUCCAGACGGCCGUGCGCCUGCUGCUGCCCGGGGAGCUGGCCAAGCACGCCGUGUCCGAGGGCACCAAGGCCGUCACCAAGUACACCAGCUCCAAGUAAACGUGCAGCCAAAGGUACACCAACGAUUCAAAAGGCUCU